CUUCAACACGCUUCAGAUCUCGGAUACUCCAACACCACUCUCCCCACGAGCACCGGUCAACCCGAACAAGCCGCUACCAUCACCUCCGCCGCCGGGCAGCGAGCAGACACGGGACCCCCCCGCAAGACCCGUCCUUAAGCUGACCCGCAUCAUGGCAAGCUUGACCGAGUCCGAGGUCGAGAAGCUCUUCUCGGGAGCGCCGCAAUACUUCGCUCGGGCCGAGGGCCAUUACACCGGGGCUCCGCAUCCGUCAGUAGCGUUUCCGUGGGACGAGGAGCUGCAGAUCCGGGACCUCGCGGAUCACACGCAGAUCGAGGACAAGGCUUGGGGCUCUGUCACGGCUUGGCCGCACAUCACUCGCGAUGUUACAAGUGACCGGUCUGCCGCACAGCGGGCUUCCGAAGCCAAGCACCGUGCACACUUUUACCCGCGAUGCCGCGAACGGCCCAACAUGCUGAGCAUGUGCGGGCUCGAGAAAGGGAGUGUGGGCUAUCAGGCAGCCCUCGAGCUAGCCGUGGCGGAUGCCCUACAAGAGGAGCAAUGGGGGUUCGAGCGUCUCGAGGCUAGACAACCCGCCGUCGUCGAACAGCGUCAGAAAAUGCUUACCUCAAAGGACGGUCUCCGUCACGUCGACGAAGUCUUGAUCAUGGAGCAACUGAUCAAGAACGGGCAGAGGUACGGCGAGCCGCAUCCGCGCGGACGACGGGUCUCGAGCGAACUUUACAACGAGUUGUUCCUCCAGAUCCUACAUCCGCCAACAAAGGUGCUGGAUCACCGAGACCCCUACAGUCUGUCAGUCCAGAUCCUAGCUCUGGUUAAAAUCCUCGCCGCGCCAAACAUGUGGAUCGACUUCUCGCAUGUCGAGUGGAGGAUCCGAUUGGGACAGCUUCUGUGGGAUAACCCGGUAGAGGAGGAUGCCACGGAUGGCUCGUCUGUCAAGACCGGCGAUUCGGCGAGCGGCGUCCACGAAGAGCGAUACUGGCUACUGUUGCAGAUCUUGCUGGCAUGCGAGCUUCUCGUUAGACUGGAUGCAAUCACCGAGGGUGAGGAGCUUGGGGUGGAGAGCAUCCGGCCAGCCGAGAUCCACAAGUUCGAAAAAGAAGCAAACAAGUCGGUCAAAUGGUCGCUGAUCCUGGCACGGGUGUGGCUCGAAAACAUCGGAAUCGUCAAGACGGAAGUGAGUGAGCCAGCUGGCGCCGAGGAGAAACCAUCGGGCUGGCUGGCAACACUGACAAAACGCAUGUCGCUCACUCGCGAUCAUGACUCGCAUAGCCACCACAGCCGGGGCCCGGUAUAUGCUAUCAAGGGGAAGCAUGUCCGCCGUCAGGUUGACGGUCUGGCUCACUUUGCGCUACGGCUGCGUUGGCCCGAAGCCGGCUCCUACCUAUCCAAGAUAACCGAGAACUGCCGUUCCGUGGUGGAUGGCACUCCACUCAGCACGCCGUUCGCUAGUCCGAGUGCUCGAGCGGACAGCCGUCAUUCAUCCUACUUUGACAACCCGAAAGAUCCCCAAUCGCGACGGAAACCGUCUCGGCGGAAUAGGAUCUCAGCGGCCCUGCACCCGUCGGGAUGGCUCUCCAAGAGCUAUGUUUCGGGGCUAAUACUCCCGGGAGAAGGAGUUUGCCACUUUCUGAUGGCAACUCUAUUAGAGAACGAUACAGAGGCUAUGUCAAGGCUGGGCCCGAUGGCUAAUCUGUGUGGGGGGUUUGUUUAUUCCGGGAAGAGUUUCUGGAGCACAUCUUGCAUUGUCGGCCGUGUUUUGGGCGCUGGCAAGGGCGCCGCGGAAUGCAUGGGCUGGAUUUCCAGCGACGUCAUCCCAGAAGGGCUUGGCGACGGCUGGUUGAGUAUUGAAGGGGAGGAAAUUCCGGAAGACGCGCAACAGGUCGACAGGAAGGCUCGCCUCUGGGGCAAGAAGGCGGUUGAGAGGGAGUCCAAUAUUCUUGGGGAUACAGACCCCUCCUCUGUCCUCCCAGCCGACUUUAUCAUCCCGUUUGAGAAUGUUUACCGCGAUAAGACGCCUCCCGUUCUCGAUAUCGAUCUAAAGGCCCUCAACCUCGUGGCACCGGUUGAUUCUGUCCAGACUACGACAACGGAGGGAGACGAACCCACCCCCGCGUCAGAUGUCAGCGGACUUAGCCGACCUCCGCAAAUCCGUAGAUACGCCGCGGCUAUAACCUUCGCGGUAACAGACCUCGACCUGGAGGAAACAAGGGAGUACACAUACGCCUUGGCGAAAGACAUCAACUUUGUAACUGCGCACCCUUGUGUCCCUUCGCAGCACGUAAAAAUUAUGAAGUCCCCCUCCAGCCCAACCAUCCAACAAGUCGACCUUUCUGGUAUUGGCGGUAUCGGAAAGAUGGCCAGCGUUGUCGGUCAUCCCUUACACAAGUAUUACACGUACACAGCGCUCCACUUAUCCGAGCUUCUCACCAAGCAGGACUUUUCGCUCGAAUCCUUACUCGGCAGCUACUCGUCGGCAUCCCAUCACCGACCCAGCGUCACACCCACCCCACCCAACAACGUCGCCAAGGUGCUCGUCAUCGAUUGCAUCACGGGCUUCCAGCCACAGCCGCAGGAGCAUGAGAUCCCUCUAUCUCCGGUCCUUAGUCGGACAGAUAGCAACACGUCUAGCAUGCUCUCGCCUACUUCUUCUAACCCCACACCGGGCGGUGGGGUAGCAGAGGGUGGUAUGGCGGGGGCGCUCGAGAGUGCGUCGAAAAAGAUGCACUCGGAGACGCGGCGGCGGCAGUUUGGGUCUGACAUGGAAAUACUCGCUAGAGCAUUCUGCGCCGAGAAGGGCUGGAAUGCCCUGAUCAGCCGACGUAGGAGGGGAUGUCUAGCGUGUGCGAUCCGGGAGGCGGGGGCGUUGGGAUGGAAGGUGAUUAUUCGUGUAGACUAAGGUGCGUGCUUUUGGUCCGGUUAUGAGGUAGGGUCUAUGAUACCGGGGACGGAAAAUGCCAAAUGUAAGGUAGGUAGGUACAUGUUGCAUGCAGUGGGACGAAAAACACGUAGAUUUUUCAAUACCCCGUUAAUCUCAGCUUCGAAUAUAAUAUAUUUUGCUCGCAAUGCGCA